AUUGUGCCUCAGGUGCUUGUCCGCCUGGAGACACCUCGCUCGCACUCGAUGCACAAGACCAUGAAAGCCCGCAAGUCGAGCCAGGCAAACAAGCCAGACCCAGAGGUGAAUCGGAUAAAGGUAUGCCCCGAAGACACGGCCUCGCUGCCGUCGCGGCUGGGCUUUUCAUGGAUCUCGCCGCUGCUAAAGCUCGGCUCCAGGCAGCCGCUGGAGCACACCGACCUGCCGCCGCUGCCGGAGAUCUCGCAGGCGAAAGGCGUGACGGCGCAAUUUGAAGCGCUUUGGGCGGCGGAGGAGGCUCGAGUGGCCACCAUCGCCGCCGAGGCUGGGCCGGACGCGCCGCCAAAGCGCCCAUCGCUCCGCAGGACGCUUGUGGCCAUGGCCGGCACGCCAGCCAUUGUCAUGGUCCUCGUCAUGGUCAUCCUCUCGGCUGGAGCGCCGUUUGCCGGCCCGCUCCUCCUCCGGGCCAUCAUCCGGUUCCUGGCUUCCAAGGAUGAGCCGAUGGUCAAUGGCAUCAUCUACGCAUGUCUCCUCGCCGUUGUGCCCUGGAUCGGGACCAUUCUGGGCACCACCACCGACCGCAUCCUGGUGCGGCUCGGCAUGGCCUCGCUGGCCGCCACCAACAACGCCGUCUUCCGCAAGGCGCUCCGCAUGUCCAACGGCGCACGCCAAGGCACUUCGACCGGCGAGAUUGUGCAGCUCAUGUCGACCGACGCCAUGCGCAUGUUCACCUUCACCAACGUCAUCAAGGAGGUCAUCUCCACCCCGCUGCAGAUCAUCGUCGCCCUCGCGCUGCUGUGGGAUCAGCUCGGCCCGUCGGUCCUCGCCGGCAUCGCCGUCAUUCUCAUCUUUCUUCCGUUCAACGCCAAGAUUGGUGGUGCCCUCUCCAAGCUGCAAGUCUCCAAGAUGCAAAUCGCUGACGAGCGAGUCAAGCUCAUGAACGAGAUCCUGACCGGCAUCCGGGUCAUCAAGUUCAACUCGUACGAGGAGCCGUUCAUGGCUCGCAUUCGAGCCACUCGCGAGACCGAGCUCAACAUCAUCCGCCGCAUCGCAAACUACACCGCCGCCCUCAUGUUUGGUAUCAUCCUCUCGCCAACACUCAUUUUCCUCGCCGCCAUCGUCGUCUACGCCGCCACCACAGACGCGCUCACCGUCGAGCGCGUCUUUGUCUCGAUGGCCCUCUUCAACCUCCUCCGCAUGCCGCUCACCAAUGCACCCAUGAUGGCCAUCCAAAUCGUUCUCGCGCGUACCUCUACCGCUCGCCUCGAGCGCUUCCUCACCAAGCGCGAGGUUGCCAACACCCGCAUCCCCUACACCCCAGGCCUCGACGCCGACGGCAUCACCGAAGAAGACCUCGUCUUUUUCGCCAACGGUAACCCGGACCCGUCCACUCGCGCUCGCCCUCGCAAGCCUCGCUUUGCCGCCCGCAAGCCUAUCCUCGCCCGCAUCGUCGAUGGCACCUUUGCCUGGGCGCCCGAGCUCACCGCUGUCGAAGCUGCAGAGGCCGCUGCAGAAGCCGCAAAGGCUGCCAAGGCGUCAGCAAAGGCACUGACAGAGGCGGAGCCUGCCGCUGCGCCAGCUUCAGAUGGCAGCGGUAAGGCCGCGCCACAUGUGACGGCAUCGGGCCCGACGCUCCCUGCUCUCCGCAACAUCAACUUUGAGCUCCCGCGUGGGUCGCUGGUCAUGAUUGUUGGCCCUGUCGGCUCUGGCAAGUCCUCGCUUGUCGCAGCUCUCCUCGGCGAAAUCCACAUUGUGUCGGGCGCUGUCUGCGUCGCCGACUCGAUUGCGCUUGUGCCGCAGACGGCAUGGAUCAUGAACGACACCCUGCGCAACAACGUGCUCUUUGGCGCCAACUACGACGAGGCCCGCUACCAGGCUGCGCUCACCGCGGCCUCUCUCACCCACGACCUUACCGUCCUCCCCGCAGGCGACGAGACUGAGAUCGGCGAGCGCGGCAUCAAUCUCUCGGGGGGGCAAAAGCAGCGGGUCUCCAUUGCCCGCGCAGUCUACACCGACGCCGAGAUCUACAUCAUGGACGAUCCUCUCUCGGCCGUCGACGCCGAGGUCGGCAAGAACAUCUUUGACAAGUGCAUUAACGGCGUUCUACGCUCCAAGACCCGCGUCCUCACCACCAACCACCUUCAACACCUCGCUGCUGCCGACUACGUUAUCUCACUCGGCAGUGACGGCACCAUUGCCGAAGAGGGCACCCUCGACGAGCUGCUUGCUGCUGAUGGUGCCUUUGCUGCGAUGUACAUUGAGCACAUGGGCUCCGUUGAUGCCAGCGGCUCGGACGCUGACCUUGUUGCGACAAAUGCCAAGGCCACAUCAGCCUCGCUCGACAGACGCCAGCAGUCGUCGGCCCUGAUUUCAGGCAGUUCGCUCCUUUCCUCGCACUCCAAGGUGGAGGAGGUGCCGCCUCCUAAUCCGCAGCCGGCCGCUGGCGGCGACGGCAAACUGACUAUUGCUGAGGAGCGCGAUACUGGCGCAGUCCCGCUCUCCGUCUACCUCAAGUACCUGGCAACCAUGGGCACCAUCCUCUUCUUUGUCGUCUACAUGCUCCUCCAUGCCGUGGCUCAGGCAUUUACCACCGGCACCGAUCUGUGGCUCUCGUACUGGUCGUCGGGCUAUCUCGAGAAGAAGACCGGCAAGAGCUUCAAACUCGAGUUCUACCUCGGCAUCCUUGUUCUCUUUGCCAUUCUCAACACACUCUUUGUCUUUGCCCGCGAAGUCUGGUGGGUCCGCGGCACCGUGUCUGCCGCGCGCGAAAUGCACGAGCGGGUCCUUCGCUCCGAUCUCGACACCAUCGAUACUCAGCUCCCGGCGCAGCUCAACACUUACAUGCUGGUCAUCUUCCUCCUCUCGGGCAUGCUUGUUGCCAUUUGCGUCAUCCGCUGGUACUUUAUCUUCUUUCUCAUCCCCAUCGCUGUCGUCUACUACUUUAUCCAGCGCUACUACCGCUACUCGUCACUCGAGCUCCGCAGGCUGGCGUCGAUCUCGCGCUCGCCGGUCUACCAGCAGUUUUCCGAGACGCUGGCCGGAGUGGACUCGGUCCGCGCGUACUCGCGCGAGGCGCAGCUAGCCGUUGAAAACUGCGCUCGCCUCGACUACAACCACCAGGCCAUGCUCUAUCAGCACGUUGCCGGCCUCUGGCUUCGCAUCCGAAUGGUGACACUCGGCCAGCUCCUUGUCCUCGCCGCAGGCCUCUCGAUCGUUCUCUCGCGCGACGACAUCCAUUCGGGCAAGCUUGAUCCUGGCCUCGCCGCCAUGGCCGUCUCGUACUCGCUCUCGGUCACGGGCUUCAUGCAGUUUGUCGUCCAGCUCGGCACCUUUGUUGAGCAGUUGAUGAACUCGGUCGAGCGUAUCUCGGCCUACUCGGAGCUGCCAUCCGAGGCGCCGGCCCACAUUCCAGAGAACGCACCGCCGCCGUCGUGGCCGUCGUCUGGCGAGAUCAAGCUUUCCAACGUCUCGAUGAGAUACCGCCCGGGCCUUCCGUUGGUUCUCAAAAAGCUCUCCGCCACUAUCCGUGGUGGCGAGAAGAUCGGCGUCGUUGGCCGCUCCGGCUCGGGCAAGUCCUCACUCAUGUCGGUCCUCUUCCGCCUGGUCGAAAUCGAGAAUGACGGCGGCAAGCUGGUUAUCGAUGGAGUCGACGUGACUGCCAUCGGCCUCGCCGACCUCCGCUCCUCGCUGGCCAUCAUUCCCCAGGAUCCGGUCCUGUUUGCUGGCACCGUCCGCGACAAUGUCGACCCGUUUGCGCAGUUUACUGAUGCUGAGGUCUGGUCGGCCCUCGAGCUCGCUCUCCUCAAGCCGACUGUGGAGAGCUACGAUCUCCACCUUGCCCAUCCUGUCACCGAAGCCGGCUCCAACUUUUCGGUCGGCGAGAAGCAGCUCAUCUGCCUCGCCCGCGCCCUACUCCGCAAGCCCAAGAUCCUGGUUCUCGACGAGGCGACUGCAUCGGUCGACUUUGACACCGAUGCCGCCAUUCAGACCACCGUCCGUACUGCCUUUGCCUCGUGCACCAUCCUCGCCAUUGCACACCGCAUCGGGACCGUCGUCGACUCGGAUCGGGUCAUGGUUCUCGACGACGGUGAGCUCGUCGAGUUUGACACCCCUGCCGCCUUGCUCGACAACCCGAGCGGAUUCUUCACCUCGCUCGUCGAGGCUACCGGCGAUGCGUCCGCCGCCCAGCUUCGCGCCCUUGCCGAGGCCCGGGUCUCGUACACCGAGCUCCUCGACAUGGCCCGCAAGUCGAUGGUUGCCUCGGAUGGCGAGACCGGCGACGCCGCCGCCCUCACCAUCGAGGAUCUGAUGGCCUAUGCCUACUACUCGUACUACUCGGUUUCAGACCAUGACUCUGACCCCAGCCUUCCGCCAUCAUACGCAGCGUCGCCGUCGAUCUCUCUCUCGGACCACGACGCUGGCCAUCGCGACCGCAACGCCGCAUGGUCCUCGUCAUGCUCAUCCUCGUCGAUCUAUGCCACUGUUUCAUCGUAA